AUGUUCAAACUCAUGUUAAACAACGCAAUCGAAGAAGCAAAGAAAAGAAUCUGUAAAAAGAUCAUUGAAAAACAUCAAGAUCUUUUUGAUGAAAUUGAGAAUAGUACCAUUGAAGAUUUUGUUACCGAUAAUAUCAAUAAAUUUAUAUUCGCAUCAAUCUUUCGUAUAUUUACCAAACAUUACUACUUUCACGUUCCUGUUAGUGAAGAACAUAAUCUACUUACAGAAGAUGAAAAAAUCUUUUUUAAGAAUUUAUUGACACAAGUAAUUGAAUAUCAAGAACAAAAAUUUG